AUGGAUGAAAAAUCAGCUGGUGGGAAUAGAAUUUUUCAAUUACAUGAACUAGAGGAGUUGAGGAAUGAAGCUUAUGAAAAUCAUAGAAUAUAUAAAGAAAAAACUAAAACUUUUCAUGAUAAAUACAUUAGUAGGAAAAAAUUUGAUGUUGGACAAAAAGUGUGGUUAUAUGAUUCCAAGCUGAAAUUCUUCUCAGGAAAAUUAAAAUCAAAAUGAAAAGGGCCUUAUGUGGUGGAAGAGACAUAUGAUCAUAGGUCUGUAAUGAUUAAAGAUCCUAAAAGUGAUCAUAACUUUAAGGUAAAUGGACAACGGCUUAAACAUUACAAAGAACAUGAACGCCUUGUAGAAAAAGAAAUUUUAUUAUUAAAAGAAAUUCAAGAGUAAGAUCAAGGUGUCCAGUUGGAGACAUUAAAUUCAGCGCUGCAUAGGAGGCAACUCAUAGUUUUUAUUUCAUUAUAUUUGAUUUUUUUUUAAGCUCUGUUUUUCUUAGAAUUUCGUAGUACUUAUUUCUGUAUUUAUUUUUUCGAAAAGGUGCAGGAGGAGGAGUGUAAGAUGAAGUGGAAAAUUAAAAAUGAGGUUGAGGUGAUGUCUUUCUGAGCUUUAUCAUUUCUGACAAUAUUUUUAAUACUUAACUUUGCAUAUAUGCAUGCUUCACUUGAAAAUUAUAUUUUCUGCAUAUUCUGUUUCAAUUUUUCUGUGUCAUUGAGGACAAUGUCAUCUUUAAGUUGGGGGGGUGAAGUAUUCAUUAUUAAUUUAUGCUGUAGGACGAUUAAGAACAUGUGUUUGCAUUAUAACAGCAAUUGAAAAAAUAAAAAUAAAUUAAAAUUUAGAAAAAUUGCAACAUCUAUUUUCUGGUUUUCUGUUAGGAACAACAAAUUAUUAAGAAUAAUAGACAAAAAAACAGCCUGAAAUUUGAAAUUCUAAAGAUCCUUUUCUCACAUUUCAAUUCCCUAGACAUAUAUUAUUGAAAUUCAAAAUUACAACUAUAAAGAGGAUAGUUUUGAUUUAUUUUUGAUAAAUUUAUUACUGCUAAAAAUAGAACUGAAAACAUAGCUGUCAGAACUAUCUAAUUUAUAAAUUUCUUACAUCAUAUUGCAUGCAUGAAAAAUUAAAUCAAUUAGAUUGAUUGAUACCAAAAGAUAUUAGAAAGAUUAUUAUUGA